CAAGGAGGAAACGCUGUUGCUACGGGUGAAUUGGGAGUUAAAACGUUUUAUGUAGAAACAAUAUUAAUUUCUACGAGCGAAACCUUGGGAAAAGGAGAUUCUUGUAGAGCCUUCGAUAUUACCUCAGCCAUACGUAUCGUAGAUGUAAAUGUGACAAUCGAUGACUUUUACACCAUACCAGACACAUCUAGUACAGCAGAAUUUACAUAUUCGACUGCAGUGGCUUUUACGGCAUUGGAUGUUGUUUGGAUAAUAUCUUCUUUAGUCCUUAUUGUUGGAAUGUGCAUCAAUGCAAGUGGUUGGAAAUACAAGAUUUUCCAUUUACCAUGGCUGAUAUGCUGUUUUACCAUAUGUACUUUUGAUGCUGUUGCUGUAGUCAUUUACGGGAAACAUGUAACCGAAACAAAAACGUUAGAAGAAUGGUUUCGGUUCAUAGGUGCCGACGAAAACCCAGACGAUAGCAUUUCUGAUUACAUCGACACGACCAAUUUCAGCACAUCUUAUCUGAUAAUACCUUCUAUAGCAAUGGCAGUAAUUUUUUCACGUCUAGUGAUAAUUUGGUUUAUAAACGUGAUAUUUUUCCUGUGCCUCAUAUGUUCAGUUUGCGGUUCGCACCCGGACCGGAAGGGUCGCAUUCAUGCGCCCCCUCCUGUCCGGUACAGUAUUCCUGUAAGUAAUGACACUGUCCGUAUCCCCCCGAGCUACACAAUGGAAGAAGCGGAAUUGAAGGAAGAAAAGGUGCACCAGCGCGUAAAUCCAAACAAUAAAUUACCGAACGAUUCUUCUAAGAAACUUCCUCCCGCAGUCACAGAAGAUUCCAACUCUAAUGAGGCACGUAUCAAGAGAUGGCAACUUUACUAUGGGUCCGAUGCUUUUGAUUUGAGAGUUAAACAACCGCGGUCUAGUAACACCGAUGCCCCUUCCGUGGCUCAAAAUGAGCGAAGCCGGCACGGAGAAGAUGGCUUACGAAGUCAACUACCUUGGUCUUAUUUUCAAAAUCGGAGUGAUACAGGACGUCCGCGAUCUGCAACACCUGAAGUCAUGCCACCCAUACCCGUACCAGAUUAUCCAAUGAGAUUUGAAGGGUACAACGAAAGAAAAAGACUCUAAAUAAAAA